AUGGAGAAGUACAUUCUCUUUUUCAUUUCUUCUUUACUAUUACUCGUUUCCGUGGGAAGUAAAGCUAAACAAACAUUACCGAUUGUCGUACUUGAUUUUCCACUGGAUUUUAAUCAACGCAACAAAGUCUACGACGAUUUUAUCAAGGUGAUACAAUCUCCGUUUUAUGCUGGAGCGGAGUUUGACGUAGAACUCUCAUUCCGAACCAAAAGUAAACGACGAUUGUCUCUUGAAGUCACUUCAACUGGAACACAAAGUAAAAAGUUUAGAGAAUUCAAGUACGAUGCUAUCGUCGCUCAUCGCACCGAAGUAACACAGAAAAUAAAAGUUAAAAUUCACCUGCGAGACUCGCUGGCGUAUCUCGAGAACAGAAUUAUUGAUGUGCAGCCAGACCUUUACACAGAUGAAAUUCAAGUUACUGUUUUGCUGCUUGAUGAUCUUCCUGGUGGAUUAGAUUCAAAGCCUGUAUUAGCUGGAGACUUUCUACGACUGCCGUUAGUUCCGCCUUGGAGCAGGCCAAAAAAACCCGGAUUCAGUUUUUUGUGGCCUUGGGAACAGUUAUUGAAAAUCAAUCAGCCAAAGAUUGAGAAGUGUCAGAAUCUCAGAGGCGAGUUUGAAGCAAUAUAUAGUCGACUCUUUUAAAAUUGUUGCAGGGUUGGCCAAAUAAAAAUACCCCUACAACCAUCCUUCUCUCUAUGUGAGCCUGUGACAUUGAUGCAUAGACUGACAACAUGCAGAUCUCAGAUUUAUCUAAUUUAUCUGACCCGGAAGUAAAUAUAUUUUGGUUCCUUUCCAGACAUUGUUGACUUGAUAACAUUUCCUGUGGCUUUGACUGGUAAAGAAACUGGAGUGAAAAGGUAACUUUGACUUUUUUGGGAGCCCUGUUAGAUUCAUGACAUUUUUGAAAAGAAAAAAACAACAUCAAGGACUGAAAGUUUCAAAUACCGGGUUUCGGCAAGUAUAAAAUGUAAUGUUUGUCAUACCUGGACAGUAAUACAUAUAAUUGUGUUUAUGGCAUAGUUUUCUAUUAUGCCAUACCAACCAAAAAAAUAGAACAACAUUGUCCGGACAAUAAAAUUGAUCACAUUUCUCCAGAAAAACUUCCCCCAACCAAGUGACCUAUACCCAAAUAUGGAGCAGGACUGAAAAUGGAAUCCCUGAAAAAUUGCUGUGCCCAUGCCCCAGCAGGGGGGGGGUCCAUUACUGCCAUAUAAGGGCUAUAUAGGUAUGUGCUGCUGUGAAGGGUAUUGUUUUAAAGCGCUUAACUCUGGGAUAGGGUAUACAAUCAGAGAGUUAGGGUCUAGAAUGGGGUAUCAUUUUUCAGGAAACUGAUCAAUUGGUUGAUGAUUUUAGUCUAGACUAGGGAAACCGGGGAUUGCCACUCAAAAAUAUACAAAAAUCAAAUCGGCUUUUUUGGGCUGGACUGUGCUAGUGACCUCAGUCAUUUCUGGAAAACAGCUACUCUAAGAUGGGGGUUGGGGAGGGGGAUUGGGGAGUAUAAUCUAGUAUAGGGUAGCAAAAUUCACUUGAACUAGCUCUGGUAUAGGCUAAGGGUUCCAGGGUCCCAGUAGCACAUCCCCACCCCAAAAUUCCUAAAUUACCCUCCCCCCUUUCCCCUGGGCCCAUACAUCAAAAGAGGACUAUCAAGUUUUAGGUGGCAAGUCAUCUCCAAUCAAAAAAUACAAAAUGGCGGAUAACCUGGUAGUGUUUACAAGUGUCUAUUUUUUAAUGUCACAUUCCAAUAAAAGCUUAGAUCCCUCUUGUGGGAAUUGAAGUACCGGUAGCUAUACAUUUACGCCAGAAAAAUUGUAAAUAUCAUCACACACAAAAACCACUGUAUCGUGUAGCUGACAGCCCAAUGUACUCCCAUUAUGAGAGUCUUGUUGGGAAAAAUUUGGUAUGAUGGACUCAAGAAUCCACUUUCAAAUUGAGUAUUGACUGUAAACUUCAUUAAAUAAUUUUUAUUUUUAUUUUUUUAAAUUUUUGUUCAAAUUUUAAUUCACCUGAUUUUCUUAGGACAUUGCCUUCCCUAGUGUGGCCAACAAUGGAGUUAGCAGAGGAACACAGCAGGUCAAAACCACGGUAAUGGUUUCUUCCUUGUUGCUGUCUGAAAGCAUGAGAUUGCAGUUGCUAGUCAGUUGUCACUUCUUCUAUUAAACUAACUUUGAAUAAAUAUUAGGACAGUACAUGAAUCAAAUCUGCAGUUGGACCCUUAUUCUGCUUGACAAAAAUUAUUCUUUCUAUGCUGCCUAAGGUUCUUAAUACCGUAGCUGGAAACUUGACUCAUCCCCAGUCAAUUGACAUCUCGUAUUAUUUGUAAGGUUUUCCUUGGGCGAUGCCUGUUCCACCACUGGAGUUUUCCCCAAACUAGCACAAGUGAGCUUCCACACCGGCUGGUAUUAUUUUUGCUUAACAACCUCCACACAGUCAUGGUCUGCACUGGUAAAAGUGUUGUUAAAAACUCAGUUAGGCUUAUCAUACAAGUUGUAAGGAAUAUCAUUUUUUGAAGAUUAGUGCAAGUACUGUAGUGUAAAUAAUUUUUUUUCUCUCUCCCCUAUUCUUCUUUGCAGUAUUGUAUUUUGAUCUUGUUAUCACAGUUAAUAAUAAUAAUAAUGAAAUUUUUAAAUAGGUCAUGAAACGGUUAGAGGAGACUAUAACCACAUCUAGCUCCGGUUGUUCAAAUGUUGGAUAGCACUAUCCACCAGGCCCCGGUUGUUCAAACGCUGGAUAGCGCUAUCCACCGGAUAAAUCACUAUCCAGCGGAUAAGUAUUACAGAAAUCAAUUAUGCUAUCCGCUGGAUAGUGAUUUAUCCGGUGGAUAGCGUUAUCCGACGUUUGAACAACCUGGGCCAGAUGAAUCGCUAUCCAGAGGAUAAGUAUACCAAAAACUAAUUGCAGUAUCCAUUGGAUAGUGAUUUAUUCAGUGGAUAGCACUAUUCACCUUUCCAACAACUGGGGCCUGGUGCAUAGAGGACAAAGGAAGGGUUAAAGUGGAAAGGAAAAGGUUGCUCUUCUGAGGGACUGGGGAUGAGUAUGGCUGGAAACCAUACAUUGCACAGGAUAACUUAUCUGUUGAAGAAAACAACACUGAGUUAAACUUAGGAGUGGUAAAAUAUACAGCAGAACUGAAAGGAAAUGUUGAAAUUAAAAAUAAAGAAUACAAUUCAGUAAAUUUCAGAAUGUUUGGUUUGUCUCUUCAGGUUCACAAUUUCUACUUGGAUUUUUAUGGUGGAGCCUUGCUUUGAUGGUCUUUGUGGAAUUCUAAAUCACAGAAGCACAGAGCUUUUAACACCAUUGCUGAGCAUCACAUCAACUGGUGAGUUAACAUACAUUGUACAAUUCUGUUUAUUUGUUUGAAAGGGCUGUGUAAUGGUGAGUUUUAAAUUUUUGGGAUAAAGCUACAUGUAGCUAAAAUUUAUUUCUGACUGCCAUCAUUUUUCGGGGGGCUUAUAUAUGGAGGGGCUUAGUUAUAUUGGGGGGACCCAUAACCAGACUUAAAAAGUGUUUCAAAUCAAACUGAAGAACAGUGCUGAUCAGUUUGUAAAUUUACUGGCUUUUUUAAGCUUCAAAAUGUCAUAGAAAAUCGAAUUCAUUUCAGUGCAAGCUAGAGGGGGGCUCUCUGGGUGGGUGGGUUUAUAACGGGAUGCAUGUUUUGUUUACAGGUACAGUAGAUGGGCCUAUAACUGGGGGGAUUAUAAGCUAAAGUUUACAGCACUUGCAGUCAUCUUUUCUCUUGGCCUAGAGCUAUAAAGGGAAGAUAUCAAAUGGUUCUAUUAAAGGGUAGCAGGGGAACAAACUCUCCAGGGUGCUUUGGUGGCGGGGUGGGAAAAGGAAGGAGAGUUGUAUUUGUAUUGUAUUGUAGUUUGAAACUUCUUCUCUGGAAUUUGAAUAUCUGCAUUGAAAAAGUCGAUGCAAAAUGCUGAAGGGUAGAGAUGACAUAAGUAAUGAUGUCAUUACCCUUGACACAUGUUUUUCAAUGUUUGUUUACAUUCGUGCUCGUUUCUGCUUCACAUUGAUUGGCUAAAAUCUGACAGCUCAGUUGACAGGGAGCCCCAUGGGAAUUUUGCAUUAAAUUUUUGGUAUGUAGAUAUUCAAAUUCCAGAGGUGUAGUAGCAAGCCCUCCUUCCUUUUCCCGCCCCGCCACCAGAGUGCUCUCACAGCUUGCUUGCAGGCUAAUUAAAGGGAAAACAAAAGUAUGACUUAUUUUUGGCCAUUUUUUGAAAACACAGUAGUUUAACUUGAGAAAGCUGGCCCAAUAUAAUUUGCAAUUGGUUUUCAUCCUAGCCAUGAAAAGCCAAGAUAUACACUUAUAGUUGACGUAUAUCUAUACAGACUCCAGUGAAGUAGAAUAAAGAUUUCAUUUUGUCGUUUUAGGUAUCUGUAUAGUUUUUUAUGUAGAUGUUAUUUUCCCAUAAUACCUAGGACCUGGCGCCUCCAUUUCAUUCGAGGUCAGCCUUGACUUAAUACAGUGUAGGUGGCUUCACAUAAGCAAUGAUUUUGUUACAAAUAGUUAGGUUCUAUCUAGGGUAUUUAAGGGGUAGAAGCUCCCCCCCCAAAAAAAUUGUUAUCAUUACAGUAUAUAAGUAACUAUAUCGGAAAAAUCAUCCAGACGCGACGAGGUCAGUGCGCACACUGUAAUAUUUCUCAAAAUUGGGUCUCAAAAUACACCAGAUUGCAUCUCAACGCAUCAUGACUCAUUUCAAAAAAUUUCCGAGGGAACAUGCCCCCGGACCUCCCUAGGAAGCUCGUUGCCUUCGGCCAUUCGGGACUUCUCCUCCCAAACGAUAAAUCCGAGAUAGAACCCUGCCAAUGAGUCCUAGUUCAAAAAACAACGAGGUCUAAAUUGAAAAUGCUUGGGCCUUUAUGUAACCAGACAGGGAAUCUGAAGUCAGACUCCAAAACUCUUUAGCACAGUUUACUGAAAUUAAAAUACAGUCAUUCUAUUUCAAGCACAAAAACGUCUUGAAUAAAUAUGCAUCGUUAAACAACAGCUACGAUAACAGCCACAGAAAUCACAUGAACAGGAUAUUCUACGAAAACAUCUUCAGAUCGAUCGAUCUUUGCCUUCUACGGGACGAAUGCCAUGAAUUAUAUUGCGUCUUUGGGGAUUUUUAUGCGUCAGGGACGCAGGACGUAGAUAUAACAAAAUCACUGCAUGAUACCCUUCAGAACUCUAGUUGAAUCAAAUGCGGUUCAAGUGUGCAUUAGUGUUCAGUGGUCUCCGCCCUAUAAUUCUAGGCGCGCUAGAUGAAGAUAAACUCUACUUAUCUUACGAGCAAACAUUUUACGGUAUAUUUUUCGAUUACUGAGGUUCAACAGCAUUCUGAUUAUGUGAAGAAAAUUUUAAGUGAAGUAAUUUUAAAAUGGUUCCAACUACGCUAAAAAAACAGACAGACACUGUUACUAGUAAAGAAUACCAGCUGUCGAAUCGUUGAAAUAUGAAACAGUACAGCAAGAUCAUAGUGAUGUUUUCAAACACCAUAAGAAUAGUAGAAAGUAGUUCUAAUAUUUUAGGAGGUUUCGUGGUGUUUCCUGUUCCACUCAUUUCGUCGUUAAACUUCCAACUAAAAGUUUUGUAACCCAGCCAGUCCAAGACGAACUGCCAAAGCCAUUCGAACGCUAUUAUAGUAAACUCGUCACUUUGUGAAUUGUCUCUUCCGCAUCGCCAGACAAGGUGUAAAAUUUUCACCACAAAAAAAUGAGCGACCAAAACAACUAUAGUCCACCACUUAAAUGCUACCACAAAGUAAGUAAUUGCAAACAUUCGCGAACUCAGUAAAAAUAAGCUUGCUAUGAAGAUUGCAAUCUCAGUUUUGGUAGAUGCAUUAUUCCUGUCGUCUUCCUCCAUAACGUGGAAAGUCCAAAGUACAAAGAGAAACGAAAUCACUAAGGAAAUAAUUUGAAUGUUGCUCAUUGACUUGUUUUGAACGCUCAUGACGUAAAGCUGGAUUAUAAAUUGAGGAGCCGACCCACAGUUAGCAGCAAAGAAAGCACAUAUGUUAGCAAAUGUCACAAUGUUGUGUUCGUGAGUCCCUUCUGUAAUUUCUUCGUCGUGCCAUAUUUUCUUCCAUACACAGACGAAUACAGCCUCUAAGGUUAAGAAUGCGGCGGCGAAUGGAUGACAGCCGAAGAGACAUAGCGCACUGUAUAUGCAUGUUAUAUCUCUCCAUCUAGUUCCAUGAAAGAUAAUGUAGGCAACCGUGAACAGAAAACAAGGAAAGAUUAAGAAUGUCAAACUCAUGUAAAACCAGUUCUUUGUUCCAUGGUCGUAAUAUUGAAGCAGUGUAAGAAGGUUUGUAACGGACUCAGCGAAACUCAAACAGCUGAGUAGAAACAAGAUCAAAAUGUCUUUUGUGGUUAUUUCUUCCCUCAUGUUGAGCCCUGACUUUUGUCUUUGUUAAGCCGGUAGCACGCGCUAGUUUGGUCGGAAAUAUGUGCGGUGAUUUUGUGACUGUAAAACAGGAAGCCUAGCCUUUCUGUCGAUAGCGAUUUUUUUAGGUCACCGAGUCAACUGAUAAUCCUGAUCCUCUUUUCGUGCAGAAUUAAAAACUUUGGGGCUUGUUGACAAAUUGCUAUGGUGUAAGGAUUCACCGACAUAAGACAUCUUCAGCAGUGCUUUCAAGUGUUUCUACUUGUUUGGUCGUGUUUUAAAAAAUAAAAUGUGGUUGUUUUAAUUGUUUUCAUUUUAGUAAUCUGUUAGAAAGGGGACGGAGUACGAACUUGACAUGACAAGGGUUAAGUAGCACUGAUCUUAUCUUCAACAAAUUCUGUUUGCAAAAGAAGAUCACAUGCAGAUUAACUAGUGAAACUUUAGAUGGGAGAAAUGUAAAAUCUUUGUUACGUAUCAAAAACUAAGAUUGUUUGGUAAGCCGUCUUAGGCCAUUUUCGUUUCUUGUUCACUCUUUGAUCGUUGUUAAGUCCGUGAUUUUGUCAUUUCGAGAAGAGGCCAUUGUCAGUCGCGUAUAUCUUUUCGUGCAUGAAUUCGGCCAUGUUUUCAGUCCAUGAGGACGUUCUUUCUUGCUGUUGUUAUUUUUCCUCUGCAUAAUCAUUUGUGCCAUUUAACAAAAUGACGGCUGCAUUUGGAAAAAAUAAUAUGAGAUUUUUACAGUGCGGACACUGAAACCGGGACAGUUGGAAGAAGAUUGUCCAAUCACGACGGUUUCGGGAAUAAAAUAAGGAUUCUCAUGUUUUUUUUUUGCAAAUGGACCAAUAUCUUUUUUUAUAAUUGUUUCCAGAGAGGUCUGGUAAGUUUAAACGGUUUUUUAAAAUAGUUUUCGACGGUUGCAUAGUUAAAUCUUGAAUUUUAUUGGCCCGUUUGAAAGAAUCUUUUGUUUUCAGAAAUCGUUAUGAUUGGACAAUUGGACAAUCUUCUUUCAAGUGUCCCGGUUUGGGUGUUCGCAUUGUGAAAUAUCUUUAAAGUAAGGCUUAACCUUAUAUGAGGUAAAAUUCUCAUCUGUGAACUUGUAUGAGCCUCGGUGCGCCCAGUUGUGUUUUCUGGUCUUUUCUACGGUUUCAAAACGUUCUCUCGCCUGCGUUUUCACGCUUCUUACGAGGCACCCGCUUACAUGCACAAUGUUUGAUAUACAAUAAAAACCCGCGUGUAAGAACCUUGGGGCUUUUAAGAACCUGUUAACAGAAAUUUGCCAUUUUAACGACCAAAAAAAUAAGAACCCGUUUAGCCAAGCAAAACGAAUCAAGCAGGCUCUUCUAUGCGGGAUAUAGUUAAACUGUGAUAAACAUUUUAACCACAGAGUUUGACUUCGAGAUGGCAAAUUAACAUUACAAGAAAAUCACUGAUAGAUAACAUUGCAUAUAUACAUUCUGUUAUCAGUAUUCUUAGAUUUAUCAUGAUACACUUGUUUAUAAAUACUGCAUAUUUAAGGACCAAGUUUUCCGCUGGUGAUCAACAACUACAUCUCCUUCAUAAAAAGAACCUACUUAGCCUAAAUUGCAAAUGACUACCCAAAAAUAUAGAAACCUAUUUUUCCAGACUUAAAAGCAUGCAUGUUCCUACUCAUUGGUUUUGAAAUGUAUUACAGGCGUUCUUCAUAUACAAGUACAGUACACCGCAGAAGUUGGACACGCCUUUGUUAUUAACAGUCGACUGCCUCUCAAGAAAUGGGUACAGGUUGUGAUGUCAGUGGAUGAUACCACUGUGUACGUGACAACAAGGCAGUUUAAUGGUCACGUGCUAGAAAGGGAGGCAAAUGCUGUCCACACAGAGUAAGUCUGAACUUUAUUAGUUCUACUAGUGAUUGGUCAUUGUUGGGGAGUAAGGAUGGCGAAGUUGUCAGAGCAGUCGCCUUCCACAAAUGUGGCGCGGUUUCAAAUCUCGGUGUCGACUCCAUUUGUCGGUUUGUUGUUGUUUCUCUUCCUUGCUCCCAGUGGUUUUUCACCGGCAUUCCGGUUUUCUCCUCUCCUCAAAAACAUUCCAUUCCGAUUCGACCCUGAACGCACGUAGGAGGUAGGGGUACUCGCCUAUGUAGGCUAUAUAACUAUGUAAACAAUACCAAUGUCAGCACUAAAGCACACGUACCAGCUCCGUGGUAAGAUCAGUACCUUACGCAUACGUACAAACAUAACACUCGGGCAGUGGCAGCCUUGGGCAGCUGUUUCGACCUCAUUAGGACUCGUCAGCAUGGCCUUACCCCAGGCGAGAGCUCUCACUUGCGAUCAUCGACCCCGCCCUUUACUAUGUGCCGCCCCAUAGGGUAUCGUUUCUUUGUGCCGUUUUGGUGAGAAAGCGGGACCAGAGGGGUGUAGAAAUUGGCGUGUUUUGGUCGGAAACAGGGUCAGGAUUUGGAAUCCCUAAGAUUUUUUAUCUCUAACAGUGCCACCCGGGUACUUAAGGCAGGCAACAUUUUCGUUUCUUCCUUUUAAAAUGAGUGUUUUAUGGUGCCCCAAAUAUUUUAAUUCAUUCUUGACAAUCUCUGCAGUUUCCCAAAAGGAUCAUUUACGUACCAUGACACUGAAGGAUUCUGGGUGCUUGGUGGUACCGAGGGUUCACAGACAUUCAAAGGAAUCAUUGGGCAUACUCGUAUCUACAGACGACACUUGUUAUUUGCAGACCAGGUAAAAGAAAGUGCUGUGCAUCUGAAUUUGUUAACAUUAUUUUUUUUUUUAUCAUUUUUCAUUUGCAAGUUGCUUAAAUUUCCUGCAUAACUGCCUUACCUAUGGGAGACUUACAAAAAAUGAGUUAAAAAUACAUUCUUUUCUUUGAUGGGAACAUGUGAACCCAUACUCAAACUUUCCGUGGCGUCAGCGAGUCAAAAAGCACAAAGAAAUAAUGGGCACAAGAAAAAACGGGCGCAGGCGAGCGAAAAACGCGAGUGUCCCCCUCGCGAACACCUGUUCUCUCUUGCUCUCCUUAUUUCCUAACCCUUUCUAAGCAGGCAACGUUAACAGAGCAUCGCAUCGAUAAUGCGGAAGUCACAGGUUAGAAUCGUUGGAGCCCUGGGCUGAGUUUUCUUGGAUUGUCAUGGCACCCUGUUAAAAAGUUGCGUUGGUCGGCCUUUGAACAACUGCUCUCUUUACUUGUUGCAGUUGUGACUGUAUUUUGAGCUGUCUUUUCGCAGUUCCUAACUUGUUCCGGUGAUCAUUUCGUCAUUGUAAAAUCGAUUUCCUUUGUUUUUAGGUCUUCUCGCCUCCUAAAGAUCACUUGAUGUUCAGCAUGGGUAAAUAAAUUAUCUUUUGUCAUUUUUUUACUUUGCAUGCGGUAUUGAGUCGAUUUUUGUUGUUGUUGGCGUAGUGUGGCAAUUUUUCUAAGGAAACGCUUUCUGUUUUAUCUAGAGACGAUUGCAAGAAAUCAGAAGAGAAUUAUGAAUUAUGGUGAUUCGAUUUAUUCCGUCGUAUUUUUCCUUGUUUAAACGCAGAACGCGGGGCCUUUUCAUGUAUUUAACUUGUGAACUUGUAAAAAGGUUGAAAUAAGCUUCAACCUGAUUACUGCAAUACAUGAAUUCAUAGGGCACUUUGUUUACUCAUUUAAUUGACAGCUCUGGAUGAUCACUCAAUAAGUUGCAGUGAAAAGAUUGUUAAGCUGCACGAGGCUACACUGGAGCAAAUAGAGAAAGAGUUGGAGGAAAGAGGUAUGGCUGUGUGGAAUAACAGAGCUAAUAACGUGUACAGUGUCUGCGAUGACUGAUAACGUUGAAGAGAAAUUCUACCCAUACCCUUCCUCCCCCUCCCCCCCACCUCUCCCACAACUGGGAUCUAUUUGUUCCUUCGUUAACUUAUUUCCUUAAUUUUUAUGGGUUAUCCUGUCAGACUCCUCUGUUUUAUGUUUUUGUGGACCAGACGGUGCACAAAGGUCAAUAGCAUUCCUAGCAUUUUGAUAUUUUUUACCAAUAAACACGUCCCAUUAAUUUAUUCCGUCACAAUUUUCAAACAGAAAACAAAGGAUUGUGCACCUUCAGGGAGCUUCCAACAUAAACAGCAGCACUGUUGUUUUUAUAUUUGAUGUUAGUUGUCUUUCAUAACCAGUCUCCUCUAAUAACUAUGAUUUUUUUAGAUCAUUGCGUUAACAAGCGCAAAUCCCUGAAGGAUCUCAUCCCUACCCCUGGGGGUAUUGACCUUCAGUCUGAUGUACCAUUAUCAGGGGAGUCCCCUGAGGUUGAUGUUAUUGCACGAGACGCCAUAAUCUCUGACCCUAAUCAUUUGAUGUCUGUGGCGGCUUCUUUGUAUCAAGAGGCCAGUGAAAAACUGGUAGGUUAAUUUUAUUCAGUUGGUUAAGUGCUAUUUUAGGCCAUUGUAAAAGAAGGAAAAAAAACUUUGACAACGUAAAGGUUGUGUAAUAGAGGUGAAUUGUAACUUUUCUUUUCUCCUCCUGUGAUCUUCACAUUCGUCUCUUUCCCUUUUUUUUUCUUUCGUUGAGCGCGCGACCAAGCUAAACUCAUCCCCAGGUUUACUAGACAACGAAAAAGGGAGAGAUGCUUCACCUCCGACACCAUACCAAACGUAAAAGGCUCGCACGCUUUUCCAAGCACGAAUCCCACUUUCGGCGCUACAUUCCUCGCGAAAAGCGAUUUAGAUGGAAGAAGGUCAAAUUAACUCUUCGGAAUCCAAUUCUCAUUGGCAGUUAAUUCAUUCGUAUCGUAGGAUGGCCUUAAUUGUAGUAAGCUAAUAGCUUUUUGGUGGCUCUUGAACAUAUAUAACCUUACUUAUGCGCCGUUAUCACAUCAUUCAACUGCUCUUCUCCUCUUCCGCUUGAAAUAAGAAAAGUUUGGUCAUUAUCAUGAUGUGACAGCAGCCCUUAGUUCUCCAUAUUUUCUGUAUUUAAGUCCAACAGCUUAAGAGAGGCGAGUGUAGCAAUGGGAAUCGUCCGAGUUUCCAGCUGUAUGGGACACCUCAAGUCACAUUACAUGGCAGGGAUUAUGAAUAUGAUCGGUUUAGGGGUUCCACAAGACUUGAUCCAGGUAUGUUAGUCUGUUAAAUUGUUCACCCUCGUGUUUUUCCGGAAAGAAGACUACUUUUUGUAAAAGAGAAAGGUAAAGACUACUGGGGAGUAUCAGUCGUUCGCAGGAUUCUAUCCGCAUAACCGAAAGCUAAAGCAUUACCACAGGAAAGUACUGCUCAGUAGCUUUCAUUUGAAUAGUCACACUUUUGGAUUUCAUCCACAGACUCAGAAGUUAAAGUCAACUUGUACAGAAUAGUAAACAGCACCACAGGAAAGUAUUCAGUAGCUUUCAUUUGAAUGGUCACACUUUAGGAUUUCAUUCACAGACUCAGAAGUUAGAGUCAACUUUGUACAGAAUAGUAAACAGCACCACAGGAAAGUACUGCUCAGUAGCUUUCAUUUGAAUGGUCACACUUGAGGAUUUCAUUCACAGACUCAGAAGUUAGAGUCAACUUUGUACAGAAUAGUAAACAGCACCACAGGAAAGUACUGCUCAGUAGCUUUCAUGUGAAUGGUCACACCGAAGCAUUUCAUUUAUACAAACUAAAGCUAGACUGUUUAUUAGAAGCUCAUCGCUUCUUGUAAGUCUUAAUGCUUGGUCUUUAUAAAAUCGUGUUUCGCGGCUUUUUCGCUAUAUUGUUAACAGGGGCGCUCGUAAUGUUUUUGCAGGGCUGGAAAUAUUUAUUGUUAGGAGCAGCCAAUGACAGUCCUUUAUGUCAGAUGGCGUUAGCGUACCGACAUCUCAUUGGAUCCGAUGGGCUUCACCAGGAUUGUGAUGUGGCAAUUGGUAGGACGCUACUAUUUUUAGCUUUCAGAUGUUCGUUGACAUCUUUUCUGACACCCUUUUUCCAAUGAAAACUGUUUAAUAGAUAGUUGAAAUGACGAAAUGCCUCUAGUUUGCAAAAAAGGUCGUAUUUUUGCGUCGGUCUAAAAUGCAAAAGUUCCGCACGAAAGGUCUGGAUCGAGGGUAAAAAAGGAGUUAGGUUGAGGAGAGACCGGCGCCGUGUGAGGUUAGUGCGAGAGUUUCGUGCCAGGCUUUGUGCCUUGUAAAGAGCUAUUUCGAGAAAAAGACCGACUGCUUUCAUUCGAAUAUUCCUCAAGUAAUUCCCUCUGUUCUGCAAUCCUGGACGAAAAGUCCUUGAGACAGUACAAGCAUAACAGCAGUUCGAUGUGAACCACAAGUGAAUGUGAUGUUCGGAAAAGCAAUGCUGUCCUUUGAAAAAUCGUUCACCCUCCCCCCUUCCCUGCCCAAUACAAUGAUGAGAGAUCAGAGAAACUGUGGCUUGACGGUUUCAACACUGUCCGUGGGGUGGAAGGAGGGAGUGGGGAAGUGGACUGCUAGUCGCGCGCAAAUGUUAAUUUAGCACAUGUUAAAAAGCUUUGAAACUGUACAACUGAACCAAGUUUUUUGUCCAUGAUUGUAGUUUCUAAGUUAGACUCAAGGACGGGAGAAAAUAAAAGCUUGUGCUUAUUUCCUUUCCCACGAAAAAAUAAAAAGGAUAAUAAAUAACAACGGGCGCGAUUUGAUAACUGAGACCCUGGAACAAGUAAAAUUAUGAAUCCUAACAAGGCAAUUUCAUUUAUAAUAGGGUAUUAUAAAGCAGCCGCCUUAACAACAGACAAGAUGCUGCAAGAACAUCAAGAAGUAAAUGUAAGUUCUAAGCUAAGAGACAUUUCCCUUGCACGUAUUAUUUUACAGUCCAAAGAGUUCCACGAUAAGGAUAGUUGCUCUCUAUAGCCAAGCGAUAAUACCCCACGCCGUAUUGGAUAUUUCGUGGUUCUAUACAAUUACGAAGCGCCGUGAAGUGAUACAUCAAACACGUUAACGAGUGUUUGAUCUGUUUUCCAAACACUGAGAAGUGUUAUAUCAAACACGUUUAUCUGCUUUCCAAACUCUGAGAAGUGUUAUAUCAAACACGUUAACUGAGUGUUUCAUCUGUUUUCCAAACACUGAGAAGUGUUAUAUCAAACACGUUAACGAGUGUUUCAUUUGUUUUCAAACACCGAAAAGUGAAUCACGUUAAGGAGUGUUUCAUCUGAUAGCCAAACAUCAGGGGAUAGAUUAAAAAAGAUACCCCGCCGAGUUUUUCUAGAACAAAUUUGAGGGUUUUUUUGGAUUGUCAGAUAAAACACAAUGUGAAGUGUUUGAUGAAGCUUCUCAAAAGGUCAAUAAUUCGCAUUGAUAUUUAGUGGUAAAGUCUCUCAUUGAGUAUCACUCAAUCCGCAAGCAAAUCGAGUCGAGUUUGUCACGAGUAAGAGUCCACAAAAGACAGAGAGCUUCCAUUGUAUACACACACAGUGGGCCAUUUAUAUAAUUUUCUCUUCUCUUUUUUCCACCAUCUUGCAAUAAAUUGUAAUGUGUACAACCAGGAGCCGAGUAAUCGGCUCCUAGUAUACCCUAGUAAUGUGUAUACCCCAGUAACAUUCGGUAAUAGUGCAAAAAAUAAAUCUGAAUCUAAGGCAGACAGAGUUUUGCUUCAUCAUCUUUACACAUUGCGUUGAGUCAUCACAAAAAAUAUUGAAGAAUAACUUAAUAGUUUAGGAAGCCGCCUGUAUUAUUUUCAGACUCACUCGGAAGCAGUUCGUUUGGACGAUUAUGACGAACUGGCCAAACACAAAGGAAAUGAGUCAGAUGUGUUCCAGUGGCUUACACAUCAAGCAUGGCAUGGAUUGUCUGAUGCUCAAGUAAUUGAUCGGCAGAUUACAGUCAAGCCAGGUCAAGCGCACUCCCAUUGAUGCCAUUAAUGAAUCGAUCGUUUGAAAAAAUGAAUCCGUUAGUCGUUGCUGCAAACAUAUCAAAUUCACAUCUGCAUUCCUGCACGCGUAAUGAGUAGUGAAUAUUGUACGAUACCUUCUCUAUAUUCGUCAUGUUGACAAAUCUUUGAUGGGAACAAACUGCUUUGAAGACAUUUACAUCAAUUUCAAGAAAGCUGAGCUGGUAGAGAUUCCAUAACUACCUCGCGUGUGAAUUCACUUCUCAAUGCGCAUACAGGAGUGCAGAGCUGAAUAAAAUAAAUAAUAAAUAGAGGAUAUUACACGGUGGCGAGAAGAUAUGAAUUUUAUGUUCGAGUGGCAAGAACAAUAUCUCACGAGUGAGCGAAGCGAACGAGUGAGAUAUUGUUCUUGCCACGAGAACAUAAAAUUCAUAUCUUCGAGCUAACGUGUAAUGUUCUUUUUAUUAUAUGGAGAAACCAAUUCAACAAAAGCAAAAGGCGGGAAUCGUGACGUCAUUGAACGAUACGACACUCACAAAGGUGACAUACGGAAAAUACGCCACUCGGGUCCCGGAUGAAGUGGCGUAUGGAAUCUACGAGUGGUUUAGUUCCCAGUAAAACACUCUCCUCCGUAUAAUAAAUUCAUUAAUGGGAUCUUGGGUGGUGCGCUUGACCUGGCUUGACUGAAAGCACCUAGGGCCUGUUUAUGCGGAGGUGGGGAACCACAGAUAGGUGAGGCAACCCGCUUAAGUGGUGUAACCCGCCUGUCCAUAUAAUCUCCUAUUUAAAUUUCAUCAUGUUUAGAUGAUAGGUGGGGUGUAAUCUCUCAUAUUUUCACCCCACCUAUUAUGUAAACGUGAUUAAAUUUAAAUAAGAGAUUAUAUGGACUGGAGGGUUACCCCACUUAAGCGGGUUACCUCACCUACCUGGGGUCCCCCACUUCCAUUUAAACAGGCCCUUAAGCAGCGACUCAUAACUUCUUUUUUCACGAUCGGUACGAUCACUGCAUGAAAAAUGUCUCGUGAUUGAAAAGAUCCCCGGCUGCGAUAUGCUGAGUAUCGGGCAGUUCUAGGAAAAGACGAAGAGAGAAAGGAGGAAGGAGAGAGCGAGCAGAGAAACCCCUCCUCUCCCUCCCCCUUCGUUUUGUAGCAUCUCCUAACGAAGCCCUGAUAUUCAGGCUGAGCCCGCGAAUACAGCCCCCUCUCAAUGAUUCCAGCCAAACGGCCGAGCGGCAAGGAGCGGUGAAAGGCGGCUGUCUUUGCAGGCUAAAACGAUCGUUACCUUAUAACAACCAGAAACCAGCCUUAUAACAGAACGGGGCUCCGUGUUAGAGAUUGUUAUCACAGGGAUUCCUGCGAUCAUGUAAGGGGUGUUUCAGCUCGCCUUCUAAGAAGAACUCAUUGACUUUUUACAAGGAAAUAUGGUCCGGGUAAGAGCAAGGACACCGAAACAGCCGUAACCAGUGGAUUCUUAAAAGAGGUCCAGUUGACUUGAUAGCCCAGUUGCUAAGAGUACUGCGGUCGUGUAGCAGCGUCACAGAAAAGAAUCCCGUUUUUUUUCUGUCUUCCUUUUUCCUUUUUCCCAGGCCACAACUGCUCAAGUUGUGUACACAAUUACGACAAUGCGUCUUUCCUCUGUUAAAAUCACACGGUAAUGGAAGGGGGCAGGCACAGAAUCUGGGACAAACGUUUUUAAAACACAAUAAGUGCUUUUUAGAGCGUUUGCACAGCAUCUAAUACUGAUUACGUUACUCUCGUGUUAUGUUUUCUUCUUUAGAGUCUACUUGCAGAGAUGUACUAUUACGGUAAGCGCGGCUUGCAGCGAGAUUUGAACAGGGCGGUGAAAUACUAUCAGAUGGGAGCAGACAAGGGAGACCCAGAGGGACUUUAUAAUCUCGGUAUUUCUAUGUUAAAGGUAAGAUACAAGGGUGACAUGCGCAUGGCAAAUAUGGCAGGAUGCAGUCGCGCGCAUGAUGUUACUUUGGAGGAAUUUUUCCAGCUUACGAAGUUUGUUAAUGAAGUGUGCAUGGCAAACUCGUGAGUUUGUAUGGCAGAAUAUAGUCGCUCACUUACCAAAACUACCAUACCAGACCAGUGAUUUGUAAUACUACUUCGACUAUUAGUCAGAACUGUCCAGUCAAAUCAUUCUAUACCUAAAAAGCGUGAACGAAACGUAGUGGUUUUUUAUUUUGAGAAGGACUCUUACGGUUGGGCAGUUCGGACUCUUAGUAAGCAUCCUUAAAGGAGGUGUGUCACGAAAUUCAGCCAAAUUAUGAAAUUACAAAAUGCCCGUUAAAUUAAGAGAAACGUAAAAAUAACCGCUUAAAAUUUUAAAGGAAGGUUAAAAUACGGAUGGCCAAAACUGAAGAAGAUUGAAACGGAUUGAAAUUAGGGUUUUUGAAAACUGUUUAGCCUAACAGUUUUUUAAAGUUGAUCCCUGCUGCUUGCAACUUCAAAAAUAAUGGUCAAGAGACAUAUUUGUUUGUCUCGGAUCUCUGAUUUUGUCAUUUACCUUUAAUUUCUUUGCUUACUUUAAGUUCCAUAGCGAUUGAGGGCGAGUAAUUGGCAAAAUUAAACAAAAUGAUAAAGUGAAGGCCUUGUACACCUAACCCGAUUUUAAAUUGUAUAUUUGAUCUCGUCAGUAAUAAUAAAAAUCCUGGAACAACAAAAAGCAUGCGCAAUCUAUAGUGGUUUAAAACAAAAACAUGUUCUUUGCUUAGGAAAUUUAAAGUUCUAAUUAUGUCUCUGCCACGAAUUUUGACCCGAUGCUACUGAAAAGCCCAAUAUCAACUUUAAAGGGAGGAAACAUUCCUAACAAAAUUUUAUUUUUCUUAAACAGGGUCAUGGAGUUCAGCAGAACGAAACGGAAGCUAUCAAUCUAUUCAAACUCUCUGCAGAACAGGUACGCUUCUGUGUAAUUCGCUUGGUAAAUUAAUUCCAUAAGAAAGUCCGUAGCGUAAGAGAAUGUAUGAGAGAUGGGUUAAACUUAAAAAAAAUUCUGGAUACAAGCGUUCAAUGUUGUUUGUGGGGUAGGGGCGGGGUUGCGCAUGUGUGACUUAAAAAAUACCACACAAAUUAAUGCAACUUUACGCCAAGACGUUUGUCCAUGAUUGUAGAUCUGAAGAAACCUGACGUUUCUGCCCUUUACUACCGGGGGGAGUUUUGAUUUAGUGGCAUUGGAUUGUUCAUAUAACAUAAAAAUCUGUCUGAUUUUAUAAGUAGCAAAAAUUUCCACUCUUGUAUUCGCAGGAUCAUUUCGUCCUUUUUUUUCGCUUGUAGGAUUUUCCACCCGCCCUUAACGCUUUGGGUUUUUAUGAAGUCAACAUGCGCCAUAACUUUAGUGGAGGCGCCAUUUACUUCAAAAGAGCAGCUGACAAGGGCGACCGAGACGGCCUUAGUAACCUGGCCGUAUCCUACGAUAACGGUUGGGUGGCUGGACACCCCCCUGACAAGGUAUUCAUAUUGACUCGCAUUGUACUAAGGGGGACCGGGGAGCAUGAGUACUAAAGUGGUAAAAAGACUCUCCACCGAUCAAUAAUAUACACUUAAUGUCAGAUCCCGAGGGAAACAGUUAGUUUUGUUUUUCUUCGUCUCGGGAAACAUCAGGACUCGAGGGAAAACAAAACUAACUGGUUUCCCGAGGGAAUAUAAUCGAUUCAAUCGUCCAGUAAAAUUUUCGCAUAGAUUUUUCGUUUUGGGGACAGAAACCCCGCUGGACUUUGGUGUUGUGAAACAGUAAUGCUGUUUUUCAUUUCGUUUCUUCUUUUAUUUACAGAAAGAAGCGUUUAAAUACUGGUUUGAGGCUGCAACCAAGGGCCAUCCUGGCUCAUGUCUUACUGUGGGGGAAGGGGUCAGUAGUGGUCAGUACGUGGAAAAGAACUGCCCCUUAGGGGUGGUGUAAGUAUCAAUGAUGCACUGAUUUCUUCCUUACCUUAUUUAAAGCCUCUUUGUAACCUUUUUCCUGUUCUUGUAUACAGAUACCUUCGUUUUGUCGCAGAACAGAAUCCCGAAGUAGGAUGGUUGAUGCGUAAGGGCUUAGAAGCUUACUACACCGGAAAUAUGUAAGAGAAGAAGACGCUGAUUUGUCUUUAAUUUUUUUGUUUUCCUUAAAAAAAACAAAGAUCAAAAGUUAGAAAAAAACGUUUUCUCGUGUAGCCGUAAGUUUGAAAAGCUGGGCCGAAUUUACGGAGGCAUCCUAAGUUAAGAUACCCAUAAGUACUGUUUCUUUACAAUGUGUCACUUUAUUUUUUUUUUUGUAUUUUAAUGAAUUUAAUGUGUCACUUUAUGUGAAGACGAACCCAUGGUUAAUAGGGUUUCCCUUUUUUAUUUGAGAAUAAAACAUCGUUUUCAUAUAGAAGACCUCCUACGUACCCUCGUUUGUUAAAAAAAGCUUGGUAUAGACUGAUGUAGUCUCCUAUUUCCCGGUAAGACCGUAGGGAUCGAGCCCUGAACGCUACAGGCAAAUGUAACGAUCCUGGCCUGGGGACCAUUUUACGAAAAAUAGAAGACCUUGAACAGUCUAGGCUUAUCUGCCCUAUUUAUAAUCGUUGUUAUCGUUUCAUUUUAGGUAUAAAUCGUUUGUUGAUUUUCUAUUCGCUGCUGAGGUCGGAAUGGAAGUUCCCCUGUACAAUACAGCCAUGUUGUGCGAAGAAAAUCAGGUUAGAUUAGACUAAAUUAUUCAGUGUUGAUUAAAAUCUAAAGUCAAAGGAGACACUUGCAGAUACUUUUGGUUAAGUUGUUAUUAUCUGCAAAGUUGGGCAUCAAAUACGAUCAAUAUAAGAAAUGUAACGUGACACUGUGGAAUUUUUUUCCUUGGUAUCCCAACAGUAAUAGAGAGCUUUAGAUUUAAGGACGAGAACGAUGGAUCGCUAAAUCAAUGAAUCAGUAGAUCCAUAGAUCGAUGGAUCAGUAGAUGGAUGGAUCGCUAGAUCGUUGGAUAGCUAGAUCGAUGGAUCGCUAUAUCGAUGGAUCGCUAGAUCGAUGGAUCGCUAGAUCGAUGGAUCGCUAGAACAAUGGAUCGCUAGAUCGGUGGAUCCCUAGAUCGAUUCAUCAGUAGAUCGCAGGAUCGCUAGACCAAUGGAUCGCUAGAUCGAUGGAUCGCUUGAACGAUGGAUCGCUAGAACGGUGGCUCGAUAGAUCGAUUGAUCAGUAGAUCAAUGGAUCACUAGAUCGAUGGAUCAGUAGAUCGCUGGAUCGGUGGAUAGCUAGAUCGAUGGAUCGCUAGAUCGAUGGAUCGCUAAAUCGAUGGAUCAGUAGAUCGAUGGAUCGCUAGAUCGAAGGGUCAGUAGAGCGAUGGAUCGCUAGAUCGAUGUAUCAGUACAGCGCUGCAUCGCUAGAUGGAUGGAUCAGUAGAGCGCUGGAUUGCUAGAUCGGUGGAUUACUAGAACUAUGGAUCGCUAGAACGAUGGAUCUCUAGAUCAAUGGAUCAGUAGAUCGAUGGAUUGCUAGAUCGAUGGAUCUCUAGAUUGAUGGAUCAGUAGAUCACUGGAUCGCUAGAUCGGUGGAUCGGUAGAACGAUGGAUCUCUACGUACGAGUACGAGAUUUAACUUAAAGUUUUUGUGCGUGUUCUAAAAAGAAAACCCGGAAAGCUCCAGGUUCAAUUUACUUUUUUUCACCAAAAAAGUUAGUACUGUUUUUUAUUCUGAAGGAAGUUAAGCCCUCUCCCGAUAGCAGAAUGGUAAAACGUUUUACAUUUGAUUACUUGUUCACGCCACUACGAUAAUUCUCGUAAUGGAAUGACGACGGCUAUCACCAGUAUCACGUUUUCACGGCAACAUGACGCUGUUUCACGGGUGAUCAAUACUCAGUAUUGAGAAAAUGUCGUACUCGUAGUCGUUCUCGUCUCAGAAUCUAAAACUCUCUCAUAUCUUAUAAGCCAAAGUUAACCGCAUAGUACAACUAAAUAAAUACUGGUACCUUGAUUUUCCAUUGUAAGAUCUAUUUUCACUUUUGUAUAUUUAGAUUAAAAACAAGUCGAAAACACAAAUGACGAGACAUAAAAUUUUCCCUCGGUAAGCCUUUUUGCCGACUUUCUGGUCGCCAUUUUGAAUAAGUGAAUAAGUUUAUUUUUCUUCCAGGAGGAUUUAAGCAGUGUGACUGCAGUAGACUGUAUCUGGAAUUACUACAAUCGUUCCGCUGCCAUGGGCUGGGUAUUUGGUAAGUUAAGAAAUGAUUGAAAACGGUUUCCGUCACCAAGAUCAUAAGAUGAAUAGCCCCAAGGCAGUAGAGGUAAAAAGUAUAUCCCCGCACAAAUUAACAACUUCCUUAUAAAAUAUACUGUAAAAGACAAUUUUAACUGAUUUAGUAUAGCUUUUUAAACUUUAUGGAUAUUGUCACAUCGAUGGACCUUUCCGCAAAAUAACUGUCAAGUUUUGUUACCAAACAUUAUGUUACAACUGUUUACUUUGUUGUGUUACUGUGGAAAUCGACUGAAAAAAUAUUCUCUUUAAAAUCGGCCAUUGUUUUCAAGUUAUGAGAUGCCGCAUUGACAUAAUGAAGAGACUGUUUUUAAAAUAUAUUUCACCAUGUUAAAAGUAUUUUGUAAAGUCCAGGGCCAAGUUGUUCAAAGCUGGGUUAAGAUAACCCAGGGUUAGUGCGAGAUUUGAAUUCAGAUUUGAAAGCUUAAAAAGCAUUUCAGUUUUAAUUCUUUUUGUCUACAAGUUGAUGAUUGGAAGUUCUAAAAAUAACAGAGAAAAUUAUCCGAGAAAGUACUUUUGAAUGAAGGAAAAAGAAAUCAGGGUUAAAUUUAACCCCGGGUUAAGCGCUAAUCGGCCUUCGAACAACUGGGCCCAGGAAGAUUUGAUUCAGAGAAGUUUAAACUAGAAAAGUUCUUUCCGCUAUCCUUGCCCUUUAUUUAUUCAUUUAUUCGUUUAUUUAUUUUUCAGCUAUGUUGAAGGUUGGGGAUAAUCAUUGGUAUGGAAAAACAGUCCCUCAGAACAUUACAUUCGCUGGUGAAAUGUAUGCAGAGGCCGCGGCCAAAAAUGAUUUACCUCAGGUAACAAUAUACUGAAGCGGUGGGUUUUUUCUUUCUUAUCGUAGAAGUUAAAUAACGAUUUGCAGGUAGCACACCCACAUGGUGGUUCUUCGUCUACCUGAUUCCUGGUCGAAUUGGAGUUUGGAAAUGUUGGUUUUUGAGGAGAGGGGGAAACGGGAGAACCUCUCGGAGCAAGGGAAAGAACCAACAACAAACUCAGCCCACAUAUGGUGUCGACGCCGGGAGAAGUUGCAGGCUCAGUUUGAUUUCAUGUUAAUUUUGAUUUAACCUAGGUUCAUUCUCAGUUUCCUUUGUCUAUUAGGGCUUGGAGACAAGGAAAUUGAGUAGAAGAGAACAGAAUAAUUCUUUAUUUAAACAUGGUGAAAUUCAUCAGGAGCAAAAACAAUUUUGACAAGGAAAUUGAGUAGAAGAGAACAGAAUAAUUCUUUAUUUAAACAUGGUGAAAUUCAUCAGGAGCAAAAGCAAUUUUGAAUAGAGGAUAUUACACGGUGGCGCGAAGAUAUGAAUUUUAUUUUCAAGUGGCAAAACAAUAUUUUACGAACGAGCGCACCGAGUGAGUAAAAUAUUGUUUUUGUCACGAGAAAAUGUAAUUCAUAUCUUCAAGCCGCCGUGUAAUGUUCUUUUUAUUAUAUAGGCAAAAUGACAUCGAUAAAAUAAUGGAGGGAAAUUACCAAAAUUACGUCAUCGAUAAACUCACGUGUAAGAUUAUGGAAAAUAAACCACUCCGGUCUCGAAUGUAGUUUUUAUGAAUUUUACGAGUGGCAUAUUUUCCAGUAAAACACUGGUGUCUAUAUAAUAAAUAAACCUAACUACCCUAAACAAUAUGCAAGACUAUCUACAACUAACCUAACUAAGACCUGGUUUUCAUGAAUGCCGUGUACACAGUACUUUAAAAAUCAGAAAUUCAGAUGAGCCAAUCGUUUAAAUUUAGUUAAAGAUUUAGCAUCUCUCAUAUCACAGGCCAGGCUGUUCCAGAGAACUGCUCCGCUAUAACUGAAGCUGUUCUUCGGAAUCAACUAAGGUUUUAAAAUUUACCUGAAAUCUAAUUGGUCCUGUCACAUACUUCAAGGAGCACAGCAGAUAUAACUAGCCAAUGCACAGACGUUUCUUUAUACAAGGAAAGCGAUAACGAGAGACAUCUAAUUCGUAGUUAAAUGUCAACUGUGCUAUUGACACGGUCACAAAUGUGACCAUCGUAUUUGAGCAACUUAGGGCAAAUAUCAAUGGAACUUAAACGAGAUCAAUUAUUGAAUCUUACUUUGACUUACAGGCGAUAUAUAACUUAGCUUACAUGGUCGAAUACAACUACUCUCUAAAUGGAAUCCACUGGAGGAAUGUGGCCAAAAACGACAUCGUGCGGGGAAACCUUACGUUUGCCGCUUUGCUCUACGAGAAGUAAGUGCUUGUUUAAACCUUACGUAAUUUUUCGUAGUUUGCGCGUUAAUCAAUAAAAAUGAUUUAAAAAAAAAAAAAGAAAAAAGAUUAUGUAACAAGUCUAACGCUGAAUGCAAGGUAAUCUCCUGCAUAAUGCAUUAAAAGGAUCUGAAAAAACUGUAAUGUAAAGAUGGCUUUCUGUAUUCACUGCCAAUUAUUAAAUAUUUUGCGGAUAUUACAUACCAGCGCGUGGAUACGAAUUUUAUCCACAAGCGGGCAUUCUGUUUAUUAUACACACACCGAUGGCGAGAUGCUGUGAUGCUCUUUUCCUAUUGGCUGAGACUGAAGUAGCCAUGAAAACCGUGAUAACUUCACAAGUGAAAAAAAAACAUUGUGUUUUCACUGGAUACCAAAUUUUCGUCAGUGUAAAAAUCCUGGUAUUUCAUCGGUGUCUAUAUAAUAUAUAUACAUUUCUUGAAGUUUGCCUUAAACGGGUGAGGGGGGCGGGUGUAAUGGGGAUGAGGGGCAUGAAGAAAAGAGAACAUUAGGCCCCUUCCGUACUCUUCCAAGUAUUUUUGAAUCCUUGUGGACAGGGUCUUCGUACACUAUUAAAAGCGGUUUAAAACAAGAUGUGGUUUUGCUGAGCGGACUCACUGGUUCCGUGUGGACGUAAGGGCGAUUCGUUUAAAAAAUAUGCGGUUUCAGAAAUUUUCGGAUUCGUGUGGACAGUCUUAGGGCGCUUUCCAUUUGCCAGACCUGACCCGCCAAACCAUUUCCAACGCAAUGAUAAUUUUCAUUUUAAUCAAAUCUCUCCAGCCAGAUCAGUCAAAUCCUACGUAGUAUGCACCAAGGAGAUGGUUUUUCAGUAACAAGCCUAUUUCAUUAUUCGAACCGACUGGUCCAGCGGUCAGCGGUAACUCGCGUGACGGCGCGUGUUUUAAAUUAGACAAACAAACUCAAUGGUACACAGAAAACGAUUUCUCAAAAUCUACUCAUUAAAAUUUUGUGAUAUUUGGCAGAAUAUCUUAAAUAAUAAGAACUUUAAAAUGGAAGUUGAACAGCCGAAUUUUGUGACACAUUUAAUAAUUACAGUUCCAUUAUAUUAUUGAUUAUCUAAAAUCCCGCCUGUUAAAAUUUGGUCAAAUAAGUUUCAAAUGGUAAUGAUUAAUUAUAAUAAACUGUGUAUGAUUUAUUUCAAAUAUCAUUAACAAGCUGUGUGCAAGUUUAUAGGAAACUCUAAUGAGCGAAUUUUAUGUGAAAUGAGCAAAAGUGAAAUUUUAAGGUUGUAUUCAAUCGUUCAUGUUGUCAUGAAAACUACGAAAACGUCAAAUUUUACCUGCCAAUGAAAAUUUUUCGUUAGUAUAUUUUUCACUUGCCAAGUUUCAGCUUGUGACCUGCAACCUUUCUCUUGCCAUGAUUUGGAAAACGACAUAUACUCACAAACUGCCAAAACUGUGUUCAGACACCUUAAUUGAUAUAAAUGUUUUCUAACACAGAAUUUCAGCCCUCUGUUUUGUGAUAAAUAUUUGUCAUAUUUAUUAUGAUCUCUUUUCUAUGGUAGAUGCCGAGAUGCUCAGGAAAAUAACAAUGAAUCAUUUCUGCCGUGUUCUUUCGGUGUCGUGAAAGUAAAGUUAAAACGUUUGUGGCAGAACGACCCACGUUUUGCUCAGGUAAAAUUUUGAUGUGCUUUUGUCUUAGCUUUUUCCAGUGAUAGAAUAAAUAAACUAACGUUAAAUUGUUUGAAAUACAGUGAAACAUGAACUAUUUACAAGGCUGAAAAUAUAUAUUUAAAAAAUCUUAACGGUUUAAACACCAGGUCAUCAUCAGAAUAUUGACCAAGUGUUGAAAACGUUUUGAUUUUACUUUUUCAAUAUAUUAUAUUUUAAGUCUUGUAAAUAGCUCACUUUUUUAAGGCUAAGCGUAUUUUAUGGACCUCACAUUGAAAUGUGUUUUCAUAGAUUUUAUUGUACUUUGAGAGUUUGACCUGCGACAAUGAUCUGUAAUAUUAAGACAGAAAAAGAACGAUUUUAAUCGUCAUUUUGAUUCCUUUUUAUUUUGUUCAUUUUUAAUUUCAGGCUGGGGCACUAACGUUGACAAUAGCGCUUGGCAUCUUCUCGUGCUGGCUCUUUUUCUCCUAGGACAGAAAACUAAGCCAACAGACACCUUCACGACUUUUUCAACUUUCGAACAAGUUAGGGGAAAUCUGUCAACACCACUGGAAAGAGCCCCCUAAAAUUAAUAAUAUUACCACGUUUAAGGUAAUACGUCUUAAGCGAACAUAGAUAUAGCCCCGAAAAGUUGCGAGAAUUUGCAGAC